GAUAAAUACCCUCUAAAGUCCUUACCAACUGCACCUUCUUUGCAUUACAUUUCAGACAUCCUUUUUCCUUUAUUUCUCCUUACCUUGAGUCUAGCAUGUCGAGAAGAACGAGCAAGCGAGUGAGUUUCAGCCCCAACGUCGGUGAAAGGCCGACCAUGUUUAUCAAACAUGGAGGCAGCGGCACGACGACGAUGACGAGUGGUAACAAAAGAAGGGUUGUUGUUGGGAUUUUCACGUUCAGGGUUGUCGAAAGCUUGAGCUUUUCACCAGCAAGCAUUUUGAGACGUGUUGGAGCUAAAGUUACCGGAGCUUUGCGGUUCAUAUCCAUUAGAGGGAACAACUCUUCUUCACGCAAGGUUUAUGCUUCCAAGAUGUCCAGGUCUCGGUCACUGGCGGAAUCAGUUGAGUCUCAUCGUGCUGAAGCUAUUGAAGAUUGCAUCGAGUUCUUGAAUUCUUCAUCUUUGUCUAGAUCAAACUCGGUUACUACAUGUUCUUGCUAG